GAACGUAAUGAGUGCUUGUAAUGAGUGAGAGUUCCUAACAUUGGCCGGCCAUAGUAACCGAGAGCUAUGGCAGGCAGCCCGCGAAUGGCAGCCGGCGGAGAACAUGGGAACAAAGUCAUGAAGAAGUCAGAGGGAAUGCCCGAGUUCGAGUUCCCUGCGGAGGGCGACCUGGGGUUUGACGAAUCUGAUUCUCCUUCUGAAUUGAAAGUGCUAAAAGGCCAACGACGGUUCCCAAAUGUGACAACAGUCCCCAACCAGCUCCUUCUUGUGUCCCUGGUUGAACACCUGUGCUAUGUUCAUGAGCAGAAUCCCCAGCGUGCCAAGCACCUAUUUAAAUUGUUAUGCCACACUUUCACCAGAAUGGGCCUGUUAACCCCUUUUGCCUUCAGCGAUGAGUUCAGCACAGUGAGACUGCAGCACAGCACGGCUGUCACUGAACUGCUUAAGGCAGCCAAACGUCACAUGUACACAGAGGAAAUAACCAACGGGGAUUUGAGUUUUCACAUAAGCAGGGCUAAGAAAAUGCUUUCAGAAACCCAAACUUCUCGCUACCUCAAUGAGUUUGAUGAAAUUGCUCAACUUGGGAAAGGAGGAUACGGGAAAGUUUAUAAGGUGAGAAACAAACUUGAUGGGCAGUUUUAUGCAAUCAAAAAAAUACUCAUUAAGAAAGUGUCCCGCCGAGACUGCAGAAAGGUACUUCGUGAAGUAAAGGUCUUGGCAGGAUUGCAGCACCCAAACAUUGUUGGUUACCAUACAGCUUGGAUGGAACAUGUUCAGCCUCCAAAUUCACAAUGCAAGCUGCUGAAGGCUGUUAAAGGUUCUCCCAAUAACAAAGCUGAACAGGACAUGAAAGAGGUACGAAGUGUUGAGAGCAGCGGCUCCUUUAUUAUGUUUGAGGAUUCUGCCCACCAAGAUCCCAGUGCGCAGUCUGUUUCGGAAAGUGUUAAUAUGUCUGUGUCCUCACCUGAUAAGCCGGACCACUGCAUUGAAAAUGCUGGGAACAACUACAAAAAAGACUCAAAUGCAAACGUUGCCAAGAAAACAAAGGCUUGUAGUAAAAGUUACCAAAGCCAAGGCCUUGUCUGUCAGCGCGAUAAGUGUCCCUUCAGUUCAGAGGACGAUGUUGAUAAAAGCGAUUCAUCGUGUGAUGAAGAAUGCCCACAGAAGGACUUGUGCUUGCACAGGCAUUUUGAGAUACAAUAUCAUCUCAUGCUUCACAUCCAGAUGAAACUCUGUGAAAAAUCUUUAUGGGACUGGAUUGUAGAAAGAAAUAAUCAUUUCCAGGAAAGUGGGAAUUCAAACCCAUAUGAUUUUGUGGAUGUCCGGAUCACAACAAGGAUACUGUAUCAGAUCUUAGAAGGGGUCCGUUAUAUUCAUUCCAUGGAGGUCCUGCACAGAGAUCUUAAGCCAAGAAAUGUUUUCUUGCAUGGCGCAGACCUGCAUGUACGCAUCGGAGAUUUUGGACUUGCGUGUAGAGACAUAUUUCAACAAUCGAGAGACUCCUGGCUACAAAAAGACAGAUCCAAUGGAUUGACGCACACAACAGGGGUAGGAACUUGCCUCUAUGCGGCACCUGAACAACUAAAAGGCUCUCACUAUGACUUCAAGUCUGACAUGUACAGUAUUGGCAUUAUUCUGUUGGAGCUCUUCCAGCCGUUUGGAACAGAGAUGGAAAGAACCCAGGUCCUAACGGCCUUGAGAAACGGAACUGUCCCCUGCUCCUAUGAGAGGCAAUGGCCUGUGCAAAGUAAUUUUGUAAAACUGCUGACCAGCUCUGAAUGUUCAGAACGCCCAUCGGCUUCUCAGAUGUUGGAAAGUCAACUUUUCCACCAAAAGGAGAAUCUUGUACAGGACCUUCAGAAGAAAGUGCUGUAUCUAGAGGAGGAAAAUGAGAGGUUGAAGAGGAGUUUGCAGAAAUUACAGGAACAAUUUUCAGGAACAGAGGAAAGUCCUGCCUCCUGAGUCAUGUUUUACUUGCCCCAUUGGACACUAUGCCUAUCUGCUAAAUUAUCUUUCAGAUUGUUACAGUUUAAUAAAGUGUAUUUAUAUAA